AUGACUGAUGGAGAUGAGCGGUUUCGUCAAGUUCUCUCUGUUCACACUUUCGCCUCCACCAUCUCCUGUGCCUCCUCCUUCAAACUCGAAGUCGCGGACAGCGAAUCUCUCACCAGAUUUGACUUCUCUUCGACCGCAGACAGCCUCUGCUUCACCGGCGAGUCAACUGGCGUCAUCUAUCCGGCAAGAUUAGUAUAUCCCUUCAUCUCGACCCAAGCACAGCUACCACCUGUUAAUAUCACAUCUCGUUUGGUGUCAAAGCCCUUCGCCCCAGCUCUCCGUUCCCUUUCGUGUCAAAGCAAAACCAGUGGAUAAAGCUGACCAGUCCGAGGGUCAGUGAGGCCGAUCUCCUUUGUUCCUCUGACUCUGGUCAGGCCUUCUACGUCUGCGACGGUGCGAAUUGCAGACGUGUCCUCGUGAGCACUGGAGCCCAGAUCAACGAGGUCUCUCCGACUUCGGCUGACCACCGCUGCUCCAACCUUAGUUAUCACUUCCAAGUUGCCAAUCGUUUCCCCAUUUCCAAGUUUGGCAGCCUAUCCCUUGCUCUGAACAUCGGUCUCAGUCGUUUAUUCUUUUCACCGUUGUGGUUGCAGAUGCCCCGCAUGUGA